AACCCUGCUCUAACAAACACUUUGACUUUUCUCCGUGAGAAGAGGGACUACUCGGCACACUUUGGUGUGUUUUUGUGAGAAUAUUUACGCAGGUUUUGGUGCUACUGCUACCUGUUUUUAAACUUUUCUACUCGGGAUCCCGCGCAUCUUUAACCCCGAGAUAUCCAUUUCCUCUACCUUGCCACCGCACCCAAGCCUGGGGUAACUGUCGGGCAGACAUGCUGUAGAAGUGUCUCUACAAGUGAGACAGCGGAGUGGACCUGAAGCUUGCGGUGCGCAUGAGUGGGACCAUGCAAGGACAACACGAGAGAGGACUGAAAAACCUGAGGCUGCUGCUUCUGUGUCUUUUCAUUGCCAUCCUCGCCUCUGGAGUGCACGCGGGCGGGAAGAAGCACAGUGGCCCCUGUGGAGGAAGAGACUGCAGCGGAGGCUGUAAAUGUUUCCCAGAGAAAGGUGCCAGGGGUGGGCCAGGGCCUGUAGGUCCUCAGGGCCCCUCAGGGCCUCCAGGAAGACCAGGCGAUGCAGGCAUUGAAGGCCCAAAGGGGCAGAAAGGUGACCACGGCCGUGGUGGCACCAUGGGUCCCAAAGGAAGUGUGGGAAUGACCGGUGUACCUGGUUUCUCUGGAAAUGAUGGCAUUCCUGGCCACCCGGGACAAGCUGGACCCCGGGGGAAACCAGGGGCAGACGGCUGUAACGGGACACAGGGAGAAUCUGGGUCAUCUGGGCAACCUGGCUAUAAUGGCUCACCUGGCUUUCCUGGACAACCAGGCUGGAAGGGACCGAAGGGAGACUCUCUGGAGCUGAGUGUGUUCAUGGAGCGCUUCAGGGGAGAUCCAGGCAUGCCAGGAUUCAAAGGAAUAUAUGGGCCUCUAGGAAACCCAGGUAGACAGGGUAACCAAGGCUAUCCAGGACCAAAGGGUCCCCAAGGGCCUCCAGGUCCCCGUGGACCAAAGGGCACAAUGACCAAAGUGCUUAAAGGACUCAGUGGAGACCAAGGGGACAUUGGACCACCAGGGUUGCAAGGAAACUCAACUCAUCAGCAAAUUCAGCCCCCCUAUGGACCCACGGGACUUCGCGGCGAGAAAGGUCUCAAAGGAGAAAUAGGAGAUGUGGCUGACAACAAAGGAGAAACUGGUGUGAUGGGAUUCCCUGGCCCGCGGGGUACAUCUGGUGCAGAUGGGCGUCCUGGACCAAGGGGAGAUUAUGGGGAACAAGGACCAACAGGAAGAGAUGGUCUUAAGGGAGUCAGAGGUGAACCAGGAGAACUGGUUUCAUUAGGAUCUUGGCCUUGGUCUUCAGGAGGUGGUCCUCCCGGUCCUCUUGGUGAUCAGGGUCCCGAGGGAGAGAGGGGCCCGGUUGGAGACCAAGGCAUACCCGGACCCCCAGGUCGCCCCGCCUCCCUAUCACAGCAACAAGUUUUGGACUUCUUUGGGCCAUUUGGUAUAAAGGGGGAGUCAGGAGAGAAGGGCCAACCAGGAGAUCCAGGACUCCCUGCGGACAGGGCAGGAUCCCCAGGCACCAAUGGGCGUCCAGGUGCCAAAGGCCCUCCAGGGCCCAAAGGAUCAUGGUCUGAGUUCUUCAAGGGGCCUGUUGGUGGGAGAGGAAGGCCCGGCAAUGCAGGCUUUAAAGGAUUGAAAGGUGAUCACGGGCUGUGUGAAUGCAGCAUUGUAAACUCUCCACCGGGGCCACCUGGACCUGCCGGGGAGCGCGGCGAUGCUGGGAUGACUGGAGAGUAUGGUCGAGAGGGGGAUGUAGGAGAUCCAGGUCCAUAUGGAAACUUCGGAGUCCCUGGAUUUCCUGGGCGCGAUGGUGAGCCGGGACAAAAAGGUCCAAAAGGAGAAGCAAGGGUGGCCUCCAACAAAGGAUAUCCUGGAGACUCAGGGGAGCCGGGGCCAGACGGUGUGCAAGGAGCAAAUGGGGUUUCAGGCCGAACUGGUUUUGCUGGUAUAUCUGGGACCCGAGGUCUUCCAGGAGAAGGUCUAAGAGGAAUAUCUGGAGACAAAGGUUACCCAGGUCGGCCUGGUCAACCCGGCGCACCAGGGCUAAGUGGACAAGACGGUGCAGUCCUUGGGGGUGUCAAGGGCCAACGUGGUUUACCUGGGGACGACGGCCUUGCAGGUUAUGAUGGAGUUCAAGGAACACCUGGCGCUCCAGGCGGCUGUAGUCCAGGAGAUGGAGGACAGGUGGAUAUAACAGGUCCUUGUGACACUUUCCCCGGACCUGCUGGGCUUCCUGGACUUCCAGGCGACAUUGGAUUACCAGGUUUCAAAGGUCCUCCGGGCCAGAAGGGAUCACAGGGUCCUCUUGGAGAACAUGGAGGGAAAGGCGAAACAGGAGAUCAAGGCAUAGGUGGCCGUACUGGACCACCAGGUUUUUCCGGCCCCCGUGGAGACUUGGGUGAUCCCGGCCGCAAAGGUUCAGUAGGAGCCCCUGGAGGGCCUGGUGUGCCCGGUAGAUACGGUCUGCAAGGUGAAAAGGGUGCUCACGGAGUGAUUUUUGGAGCGUCGGCAGGCUCCCCCGGUGACCCAGGGCAGCCGGGACUGCAAGGGUAUAAAGGCCAGACCGGAAAUCCAGGAGAACAAGGCUAUCCAGGAUUGGGCGGUAUGCCUGGUAUGAUCGGCCAAAAGGGUGAGACUGGCCCUCUGGGUUUGCAGGGGGAGGAAGGGAGGCCUGGGCCAGCAGGCAGGUACGGCUACCCUGGUGACCCUGGGCGAGCAGGUCUACCUGGGCCGCAAGGCAGUACAGGACAACCAGGUUUGACUGGAGAGAGGGGAGUUGAUGGAGAGCCGGGCCCUCCAGGUCCAAUAGGAUUAAAAGGAAUCCCAGGGCCAUAUGGGAUUGAUGGUGGUAAGGGAGAGCACGGCCCAUCAGGUGAACUGGGAGAGACUGGUCCAGAUGGACGCCCAGGAGUUCCAGGAAUGAAGGGAUACAAAGGAUCUCCCGGCAUGUCAGGCUUUGAGGGUAACAGGGGCAAUGUUGGGGUGAAGGGCUUCAGUGGGCAAAGCGGUGACCCUGGAACGAUGGGCCAAGUGGGCCCAAAAGGAUUGCUGGGUCAAAGCGGAGAGAAAGGUGAUCGUGGUUUGAGAGGGCCCUCUGGGGACAAGCCUCACAUCACCGCCCAGUUGGUUGUUGACAUGAAGGGAGUGAAGGGGGACACAGGUUAUUAUGGAAAUCAAGGUUUCACCGGGCCGAGAGGUGUUAAGGGUUUGCCUGGGGUGCCGGGUUAUGAGGGAACUCACGGACUUCCUGGAGAACCCAGCAAUAACAAGGGUCAAAUUGGAGACCUAGGUGCAGAGGGGCUGCCGGGAAUAAAAGGAAUGCCGGGCACAACUGGGAACAGAGGAAUUACUGGGUUUGGGGGAAUGCCAGGCAACAGGGGCAUUAAAGGAGGUCCUGGUGCCUAUGGUGCAUCAGGGGAAAAAGGAAGGAAUGGAUUUAAAGGUGAGAAAGGCCCACGCAUAGACCUACCAGGAACCACCGGAUUUAGAGGAGAGCAUGGUCUUCCAGGAGGACAAGGCCAGAAAGGAGUACCUGGACAACCAGGGGAUUGGGGCAUGCCUGGAUUUGGUGGAAUUGUAGGGAAAAGAGGAGAGUCGGGGGAUCCUGGAAUAAUAGGGCACCCAGGCUCUGAUGGGCAGAAGGGAACUCCUGGUAACCAAGGUCAAAAAGGCUUUACUGGAGCUCCUGGAAAGGACGGACAUCCGGGUUUUCCAGGCUUCCCAGGAAACAAAGGUUUCUCUGGCGUGAAGGGUCUUUAUGGAUUACAUGGACUUAAAGGACAAAAGGGUGUCCCCGGCACACCAGGUCUGGAUACCACUGGACAAACUGGGGAACCAGGAAGCAAAGGAGAGAAGGGAACAGAUGGGGACCCCAACAGCCAGCCAGGUUUUCCCGGCACAGUGGGUUUGAAAGGCUUUCAGGGCCCUCUAGGUGACCGGGGUCAACCUGGAUCGCCAGGACUCCGAGGCCCCGUUGGACCGGAGGGGACCCCUGACAAACCAGGUCUCACAGGGGACCCUGGCUCUCCAGGACCUAAAGGGUACCCAGGUUCCCCUGGAGCAAAUGGGUUUCCUGGUGUAAAUGCUCCCCCUGGUGAAAAAGGUGUAUCAGGAAUAAAUGGUUUUCCGGGAAUCCCUGGAAGCAAAGGACUCAAAGGAGAUAGAGGUUCAUUUGGAUACAGGGGGCCAAACGGUGUUUCUGGGAAGAAAGGGGAAAAAGGAGAGCAAGGAGUGAUGGGCGUUCCUGGGAUCAUUGGUUUGAAGGGAGGAAGAGGGCCAUCUGGUCCAAAAGGAAACACUGGACAUCCAGGUUUUCGUGGAUUCCCAGGAAACCAGGGUCCCCUUCCAAUUCCAGUGAGAGUCCCAGGAGAGAGAGGCCCCUCUGGACCACUGGGUAUCCGAGGACCAGAAGGGGUCAAAGGGGAAUCAGGGCCACAUGGGCCCCAUGGCGAUACAGGUUUCAUGGGACCCAUUGGGCAAAAGGGCAUGCCGGGGAUUGGUGGUACACCAGGAACACCUGGAUACCGUGGAGAGUUCGGACAAAUUGGCCACCCCGGUCUGCUAGGCAUGGAAGGUCAACGCGGCAACCCCGGUAUCCCUGGGAUAACUGGUAUGCCGGGACGCAGCGUCAGCGUGGGAUACCUGCUGGUGAAACACAGUCAGACAGCACAGGUGCCCAUGUGUCCUGUGGGCAUGUCUAAACUGUGGGACGGCUACAGUCUGCUGUACUUCGAGGGCCAGGAGAAGGCCCACAACCAGGACCUUGGUCUGGCUGGCUCCUGCCUCCCACGGUUCAACACCAUGCCCUUCCUGUACUGCAAUCCUGGAGACCUUUGUUACUAUGCCAGCAGGAAUGAUAAGUCCUACUGGUUGUCGACAACCGCUCCUCUUCCCAUGAUGCCUGUGGAAGAGGGAGAGAUUAAACCGUACAUCAGCCGCUGCUCAGUAUGUGAAGCUCCAUCGGUUGCCAUCGCAAUCCACAGCCAGGACAUCACCAUCCCUCAGUGUCCUGUGGGCUGGCGCAGCAUGUGGAUCGGCUACUCCUUCCUUAUGCACACAGCAGCAGGAAAUGAAGGCGGAGGUCAGUCUUUGUCAUCGCCGGGCUCUUGCCUGGAGGACUUCCGCACAACACCGUUCUUUGAGUGUAACGGGGCCAAAGGCACAUGCCACUACUUUGCCAACAAGCAGAGCUUCUGGCUAACCUCCAUCGAUCAGUCUUUCCACACUGAGCCGGCAUCAGAGACGCUCAAAGCCGGUCAGCUGCUGUCACGCAUCAGCCGCUGCCAGGUCUGCAUGAAGAACUUGUGAGAGACGCAACAGCGGACACAAAGUAUUGGUCGCAUUGACAGUGGUCUAGUGUUGUCUCUCUAUCCGUGUACUAAACCAAACACAGGGGGAUCUGAAAUACUCAUUUAGAUCAAUGUGAAUUGGAAACUUUCUCCCCGAGCCACAGAGCUCAGAAAUGCAAUGACUGUGCAAUGCCCUGAACGCUGAGCGAAAUGUCCCACUGUAAAUCAACCAUGAGAAGCCCCGUUAUGAAGUCAACAGCAUUAUGGGAAAACAAGUAUUUUUGUGUUAAAUUGGUGCUUACUGUUUAACUUAUUACCUCAGCUAUGAUGACUCAUUGUUAACAAUCAGAGGCCGUACACUACAGCUGAACCAAAGACGCCCGUGUGAAUGCACUGCUUCAGUUUCUCUAGAUGUUUGUAUUGUUUAGGGUUUACAGCCCACCAUAAAGCCACUAACACUGCUUCUUUGCCAAUUGAAGAAUGUGUCUUGAACAAUUGUUGGUCCAUACUAUCCACAGUAUUAUCCUGCUUUUAUUCCAUUUCUUUUAAAAAUGUAUUUUUAUAAUACAACAGUCUCUUCAAGCCGUUCUUCUGUUUUAUGUAUUUAUCAAAACUAUUGCAAAAUCAUCUAUAAUUCUUUAUUUUUCAUUCCCCAUAUGUUCACACAAUGCACUGAUUCUCUUUGUAUUUAUACUAGCUGAAUGAACUUGAGGCCCACUCGCUAAGAGUUUAAAUAUAUAUAUUAUCUAAUACUACUCAUGUGACACUCAUUUUCCUUUAGAAAUCUACUAACUAUUGAACUUCCAACAGGACAGACUGCAAACAGCUCAGAUCAAAGUUCUGGCUGCAGCAAAUCCAUACUGUGGUCACUGAUCCUGGGUCAGAUUAAAGUAUUUUACACAAUUUAGAAAAGUAGGUCAAAUGUUCUACUUCACCUAGAUUUGCAAAUAAACAGUUUGUUUAAACUGACAUAACAUCAUCAUUUCAUUGGAUUGUAAAGAUUAAAGUUUGUUAUACUUCUGA